ACCAGGACGCUGUCCCCCUAUUAAAGCUAAGUGUUUGAUGCCACUGCCGGAGCCCGUAUGCCAGACGGACAGUAACUGUCCCGGGAAACAGAAAUGCUGUAAUAUUUGUGGGAAUAGCUGCUGGGAUCCUGCGGAAGAGCCACAUGGCGUUUGUCCUGUGAGUGAGAUAGAGAAGGGGAAAAGUCUGGUUUGUCCAUCUGUCCUGUGUAGUCGGGAUUCGGACUGUGCCGCGGAUGAGAAGUGCUGUGUCUCUGGGGAUGGACAGAAAUGUGUGAAGCCUUCUUCAGAUUUAGAUUUACUCAAUGUGUGUCCUCCGUUUGAUCCCUCCAUCUGUCCACUGGCCAAACCGGGGCCCGAUGAGUGUAAAUUCGACAGUCCAUGUCCAAGUGGCAAAAAAUGCUGUUGCUCCAACUGUGGCUGGAAAUGUGUCCCCCCAGUGCAAGUAAGACCUGGGCGCUGUCCCCCUAUUGCAGUCAGAUGUAAGUUCCCACCACCGGAGCCCGCAUGCCAAGCUGAUCGUGACUGUCCAGGAAAACAGAAAUGCUGUAAUAUUUGUGGGAAUAGCUGCUGGGAUCCCGCAGAAGCCCAUAUUUAUCCACUGAAUCUGUGA